CUGUGCUGUGUUAUAUUUGGAUUUUUCUUGAUAUCAGUUCUCUGGUUCUUCUCAUGGCUGAAAUUGAUAACCCACCAAGUGGAGGAAAACGCACGCCGCCUAAAGACUUAGUAUGAUGUCCCAUAACUAGUCAAGUCACGUAUUUCAUGAUCCUGUGACUCUAGAGACUGGUCAGACUUACGAGCGUGAAGCAAUUCAAGAUUGGCUUGAUAGGGGAAAUUGUACGUGCCCAAUUACGCGCCAAAAGCUUCCCAGCACUCAACUGCCUAAAACAAAUUAUGUACUUAAACGUCUCAUAGCGAGUUGGCAAGAACAGAAUCCCAAUUCAGUUCCCGUCAAAACUGAAGACUCACAAGCAGAAAGAGAGCCAUUUUUGAACUCAAUGACGCAUUUGAUUUCUCCUAACAUUGAUGGCACAGUUAGUGAGCUGCGACAAGCCAUUACAAACCUUUGUAUGUCAGAAAUUUUAAAAGAGUCAGAAAUGGCGGUGCUACAAAUUGAGCGGUUCUGGCAGGAAUCAAAAAUGGAAGUCGAGAUUCAAACUAUGCUCUCGAAACCUCCGGUUAUUAAUGGGUUUGUGGAGAUCCUUCUCAAUUCUGUGGAUCUCCAAGUCUUGACCGCGACAGUUUUCCUCUUGUCCGAGCUUGGAUCAAGAGACCACACUGUGAUCCAGACACUAACCACAGUGGAUUCUGAUGUGAAAUGUGUUGUUGAUCUUUUCAACAAGGGUUUGUUUGAAUCUGUUGUGUUGAUUUACUUGCUAAGACCCUCCUCCACGAGCCUCAUUGAGAUGGAAAUCGUGGAGACCCUUUUGACAGUUAUUAGAAAUAAAGAAGAUGAUACGCUCAAAAUGUGUAUGAAGCCAAAAACAGCAGCAGUGAUUUUGUUGGGCCAAAUACUUGAAAGUGCUCAGGAAAUUAGUGAAAUUGUGAGGAGGGCUAUUACGACAAAGGCAAUUGAAAGUUUUGUCACGAGCUUGCAAUCCGAUGGGGUAGAGGAAAGGAUCACUGCGGUUGGUAUCUUAUUGAGGUGCAUGCUAACGGAAGGCAAGUGCAGGAAUGACAUUGCUGAUAAGGCUGAGUUGGGCCCUGUUUUGGAGAGCUUCAUGGGCACAAAUGAUAGUGAGCGCUUUGAGAUAGUUCGAUUUUUUUCUGAAUUAGUUAAGCUGAAUAGAACAACGUUUAUUGAGCAGAUCCUCCAUAUCAUAAAGGAUGAAGGAACUUAUAGUACAAUGCACACACUCCUCAUGUAUCUACAGACAGCCCUCCAGGAUCAAUGUCCUAUCGUAGCUGGCCUCCUCCUCCAGCUUGACAUUUUGGAGGAGCCAAGGAAGAUGAGCAUAUACUGAGAAGAGGCAAUAGAUACCCUUAUUUCAUGCCUAAGAAAUUCAGACUUCCCUGCCACUCAAAUAGCAGCUGCUGAGACAAUUUUGGCCCUCCAAGGGCGAUUCUCUUCUUCUGGAAAGCCCAUUGCCCAGAUCUUUCUCCUUAAACGUGCAGGACUUGACAAAAGUUACAAAUCUUUAACGAGAAAGGAGCAGUUUAGGAACAUAUCAGGAGACAUUCCAGGAAAUUUGGUUCGCUCAUUUGUUUAUUGUUAUAAUCUUUGUAAUCUUCACAGAUACCUUAUUUUUUGUUUCUCUUAAUGUUUAGGGCAAAUUACACUUUACCCUGUCAACUAUGGGCCGUUGUUAAUUUACCCCCUUCAACUAAAAAUUACUACAU